AUGGAGGAGGCUGAGAUGGACGCCAGGGAAAACAAGCGCGCCUCUGAGGCCAAGCUUGCCUCAGCCAUGCCGCCUCCGCCUCCCAUCUCUCCGGCCGGUGAGGAGGGCCCAGCGUCCCUGGCCCAGGCGGGCGCUCCCGGCUGCUCUCGCUCUCGGCCCCCGGCGUUGGAGCCGGAGCGCAGCCUGGGCCGCUUGAGAGGCCGCUUCGAGGACUAAGAUGAAGAGUUGGAAGAGGAUGAGGAGAUGGAGGAGGAAGAAGAGGAAGAGGAAGAGAUGAGCCACUUCUCUCUGCGUCUGAAGUCGGGACGGGCAGACUCGGAGGACGAGGAGGAGCGCCUGAUUAAUCUUGUUGAGCUGACCCCAUACAUCUUGUGUUCCAUUUGCAAAGGUUACUUGAUAGAUGCAACUACCAUUACAGAAUGUCUUCAUACCUUUUGUAAAAGCUGCAUCGUGAGACAUUUUUACUAUAGCAACAGAUGCCCAAAAUGCAACCUAGUGGUCCACCAGACUCAGCCUCUUUAUAAUAUAAGAUUGGACCGGCAGUUACAAGACAUAGUAUACAAAUUAGUGAUCAAUCUAGAGGAAAGAGAAAAAAAGCAAAUGCAUGACUUCUAUAAAGAAAGAGGUCUAGAAGUCCCUAAGCCUGCUGUUCCACAGCCAGUCCCUUCAAGCAAAGGAAGAACUAAGAAAGUCCUCAAGUCAGUGUUUCGUAUUCCGCCUGAACUUGAUAUGUCUUUAUUACUUGAGUUCAUUGGUGCUAAUGAAGAUACAGGACAUUUUAAGCCAUUAGAAAAGAAGUUUGUACAUGUUUCAGGAGAAGCAACUAUUGGACAUGUAGAAAAAUUUCUUAGAAGAAAAAUGGGUCUUGAUCCAGCUUGUCAGGUAGAUAUCAUCUGUGGGGAUCACUUAUUGGAGCGGUACCAAACUCUACGGGAAAUCCGACGUGCAAUAGGUGAUGCAGCAAUGCAGGAUGGUCUGCUUGUUCUUCAUUAUGGUCUUGUGGUUUCUCUUUGAAAAUAACUUGAAGAUACAAGGGUAUAUGAGAAACACAGUAAGGAGGCUUCGGCGGAUCUGCAUCACACCAAAGAUUGUCACAAAGCAUGUAACCACC